AUGGCGCCAUCCGCAACUGCUACCGCAACGAUUCAGACAAAGUCAAGCACACCGGACCUGAGCUUUGAUAGGUCAUAUGUGCAGAUUAUAGGAGGCAAACCCAGCCCUACAAAAGAAGUUAGGCACGGCUUGAACCCUGCAAACUUGCAGCCCAAGGAAGACGUCCCUCUUGCGACGCAGGAAGACCUUGAUCGUGCUGUUACUUGUGCUAAAGAUGCAUUUAAGACGUGGUCUCGUGUACCAUAUGAAGAGCGUCGCAACGCGGUGCUGGCCUAUGCCGAUGCCGUUGAUCACCUGAGGCUGCAAUUUCGAGACCUUCUCGUCGCUGAGCAGGGGAAGCCUAUACCUCAAGCAGAUUACGAAACAGAUGCAGCAAUUGAAUGGAUGCGUGGGAUGGCCAACAUUGCUCUUCCCGAGGACGUAAUCGAAGACAACGCGAGACAUACGGUGACCACGCGAUACGUUCCGAUUGGCAUUGUGGGUGCUAUUAUCCCGUGGAAUUUCCCUCUUCUCCUCGCCACGGGAAAGAUCGCUCCAGCUCUCUUGACAGGGAAUGUCAUUAUUGUAAAACCCUCACCCUUUACGCCGUAUUGUGGGCUCAAACUCGUUGAACUCGCCCAGCAGUUCUUCCCACCGGGCGUCGUCCAGUCCUUGAGCGGAGAUGACAGGCUUGGCCCAUGGAUUACCAGUCAUCCUGGUAUCGAUAAGAUUAGCUUCACUGGGUCUACUACAACUGGUAAACUUGUGCUCCAAAGCGCAAGCAAGACGCUCAAGCGUGUGACCUUAGAACUUGGCGGAAAUGAUCCAGCCAUCGUUCUCCCUGAUAUCAACAUAGACAAGGUUGCUCAGCAGGUUGCAUUCUAUGCAUUUCUGAACUCGGGCCAGAUCUGCCUGAACCUCAAAAGGAUCUAUGUGCACGAGUCUAUAUACGAAGAGUUUAGGGAUGCGGUUGUAGGGCACGUCAGAUCAUAUGUCAUAGGUGAUGGUUCGAAGCCCGGCGUUAGUCAUGGGCCACUGCAGAACUCGAUGCAGUAUGAACGUGUUAAGACGUUUUUCGACGAUAUCGAGAAGCAGGGCUGGAAAGUGGCCACUGGAGGAAAGAUUGAGCCAUCUCAAGGUUAUUUUGUUACUCCCACAAUCAUCGACAGACCCGACGAAGAUUCGAGAAUCGUCGUCGAGGAGCCUUUUGGUCCCAUUGUGCCACUCCUGUCCUGGAAGACAGAGGAUGAGGUUAUCACACGAGCAAACAACACUUCCAUGGGUUUGGGGGCCUCAGUGUGGAGUAAUGACAUCAAGAAAGCGACGAGAAUUGGCAAGCUGAUUCAGGCCGGCAAUGUGUGGAUCAAUACGCACUUUGAUCUUUCACCAAUGGCGCCGUUUGGAGGGCAUAAGGAAAGCGGCAUUGGGGCUGAAUGGGGAUCCAAUGGCCUCAAAGGCUUCUGCAAUGUUCAAACUCUUUUCUGUAACAAGCAGACCGUCAGCUAG